AUGGCCGAACAAGAACUGCCUCUAUUCGAUUACAACGAAGUUCAGGUUGGCGAGGAACUCGGCUCCUACGAGUACCUGCUGACCCAGGAAAUGGUGGACAUUUACCGCCGCGCCGUGGACGAUCCCGACGCGGUUUUCCCCACCAUCGCCGUCAAGCAUGACGCAACUUCCCUUGCGCUGGCCUAUGACGACCAGACCGGCAGCAUCAACGCGGGAAACGAGAUUGACCUCUACAACCCGCCGAUUCCCCGGCAAGACUAUCCGUGUCACCGGCCGGAUCCAUAA